CCCAAACGUCACUUCCGGCCGCCAUUUUGUGCCUGAGCCGGGUGAAGUCUGGAAGCGCCUGGGGCUCGGUGCUGUCGAGAGCGUCUUGCGCUGCUGCCGCCAUGACGGAUCGUUACACCAUCCACAGCCAGCUGGAGCACCUGCAGUCCAAGUACAUCGGCACGGGCCACGCGGACACCACCAAGUGGGAGUGGCUGGUGAACCAGCACCGCGACUCGUACUGCUCCUACAUGGGCCACUUCGACCUGCUCAACUACUUCGCCAUUGCUGAGAACGAGAGCAAGGCGCGCGUGCGCUUCAACCUCAUGGAGAAGAUGCUGCAGCCCUGCGGGCCGCCCGCCGACAAGCCCGAGGAGUCCUAGCCCCGCCCCUCCCUCUGCCUGCCAGGGGACAUCUCACCCCCUUCAAACUUUUGGGCCCGGCCCGGUUUCCUCAGAACUCGCCGGCCCGCAGGGAACCGAAGCCGGGAUGGACUCGGGGCGGGAGCGGCUCUCGGGAGGAGCGAGAAGAAGCUGCCUCGCCGCCGCCGGGGGUGGGAGCCUGGGCUGGCCGCGCUGGACCCUGUUUAACCCCCCUCCCAUAUCACGACCGAGCCUGGCAGAUGCAUUGAUCCGCCGCCCUGCCUCCAACAGCGGCCGUGGCCCGGGAAGGAGCCGGGACUGUGUCCGUCCCCGGGCGGGGGAACCUGGAGCCGCCGCUUCCCGACAUGGGGCCUAAUUACGAGGAAAGCACGUGUCUUUGGGGUCAGCCAGUGUGUGGCCCUCUGCUCCUAAGGGGACUUGGCCUGGACUGGAGGGACUUGGCGCGCUAUCCCUUUCCUCUGGGGCAGCUGUUUACAGCCCUACACCACACUUUGUUUAGCUGUACGUUUUUGGUUGUUUUUUAAAUGUGAAAUAAAAAUGCGUUGAGUGCUUUCAAA